AUGGGCAAACUGUGGUGGUCAAGAAAGUUAAAGGUCACUGGGAUCUCACGUUCCUUUUUUCUUUACUUUGCGGUGGUAACUUAUGUGGUGACCAGGCCUAGAAGAGAACUUCUGUUUACUGUUGUUUCACAGGAAGAGAAAUAUAAAACAAAGGUGUGCAUAGAUGUAAUAGUUCAACGGCUUGGAGAUGCUACAGCAGCUGGAAUGUACAAACUAUUAUUUAGCACUCUUCACGGAAGGACCUCAACUGUCUCCGUUUAUGCUUUGCCAAUACGUCCAGAUGAUUCUAGGGAUCCACAAAAGGGUGGGAUCCAAAACGCGUUGGUGGUUGGUCCAACUAUGCAACAAAAGGGAAUAAAUAAUGUUGGUCCUCAGGGAAAAAGCACUGCCUUGAUUUCUGGUUCUAAAUCAUCUGAAAGGUUCUCCACAUCUGCUAUAAUGGAAAGAAUUCCAAGCAAAUGGCCGCGUCCUGUUUGGCAUCCUCCAUGGAAGAACUACAGGUAUCCUUUUAAACUCAAGUAAAGCAAGCCAGCUGGGUGUCAAGUUGAAAAAGUCUCCCAUCAAAUCCACCCUCACUCUAAGUCAUGGAAUGAGUUGUUGGUAAGGCAAUCUUUUAAUAUCGAGGAGGCUAAGACUAUCCUACGACUGCCUCUGAGCUUCCUAGGGGCUAAAGAUAAAUUGAUCUAAAACUUUACAAGGGAUGGGAAGUCCAAAGUUAAUUCAAAAUAUGCAGUGGCAUCCAGCCUUCUCUCUCGGGUUGCCUCCUUCAAGGCGUUGGAAAUGGAAAGACUCAAAGCCAGUAGGGUGUGGAAAUGUUUAUGGAAUACAGGGCUCCUAAGUAAAAUUUCAAUCUUCCUUUGGAUUAAUGGUUAAUGGAUUGCCAUUUGGAACAAAAUUACAAAGAAGGGCAUCCUAGCUAGUGUGCAAUGUGCCUCCUACGGCUGUGAAGGAUAGCCCUCUUACCUUUUUUUUUUCUUUUUUUGUGGUAAGGCAAAGGCAGUAUGGUGACUCUCACCCUUUAAGCUGAAGUCUGAAUUUCUUAGUGGAUCUUUGUUUGGGGACCGAUGGCUCUUUUUUACAGAUGGUAUUACAAAUAUAUUAUCAAGCGAUCUAGGUUUUCAAUAGGGAAGGCGAGAAACGCUAUACUUUUCAAUAGGGAAGACUGGGACCCUAACCUUAUUGUGACUAAUCCUUGCAAUCUUCUUAAUCAGACUAUAGUACCUCAAAAGUCUGGGCAGAAUUCACUGGUGCCCAAUGAAUUAUCUAACCCACUCCCUAGAGUGCAAGAAAUUUGGGUCCCCCCUCUCGCUGGCUUGGUUAAAAUUAACUUUGAUGCGGUUGUGUUCUUAGCAAAAAAAGAGGCUCUAUUGGCUGUGUUGCUAAGGAGUGCCUAGUAAAGGCGUCUCACGAUGAAGACGAUAAUCCAGUGCCACUAUACUAGGAGGAAGAGGAGAGAAUUUUCUUAGAGACAGUUCAAGCUUCCUCACAUAGCAGAUACGUAAAUAGGACAUGGAAGAAUAAGACAUCUUCAUAUCAGUCUGAUGUCUCGACCUCCAAAGUAUAUUACUUAUAUAUGUGUGAUUGGUUACUUAUAUAUGUAUUUAGUAACAGUACCAGUAUUUGUUUAUAAAUAUCAAGUCAC